AUGGUGCAAAAUUCCGCUUUUUUCCUAAUUAUCUACAUUUCUGGAGGUUCUCUGGGAACGACCACCUCACCUCAGCAACAAAACACUGCAACAUUACAAGAUUUAUGUAAGGUAAGAAACGAUUAUUUUACAAAGGUUGUUCAUUUCUAGAAAUUGCGAUUAGACAUCUCGCACGACAGCACCUGUAUUUUGCACUGCUCAUGGCCAUCAUAUAAAUGCAAGUUUUGGUUUGGAUAAUUGUAGUCACUCUGUGCCUUAUAAUUAUGCACUUUACAAUCUACCACAGCAGAAAAAAUAGUGAUUUAAUGUUACGUUUUUUAGCUUUCCUGGGCGCAUUUAAAUUAAAUUCAGUUAACAAUGAAAGUGGAAGAAACUUCUGUGUGUUUUUUGGAUUUAGACCCUAAGUAGAGGGUCUGAUUGGGGGUUCCACUUGUCGGUUGUCGGUUAAAAUUCAGUAACUUUGUCGGUAGUCGGUUAAAAUUUUCAAUCUUUGUCGGUAGUCGGUUAAACGUUUCGAUUUUUGUCGGUCGUCGGAAAAUCUCAGUGAAUAAGUAAAAACGCUUGUUGAUUAUUAAUAUUUUUAAUAUAUUUCACCCACUUUUCGAGACUUUGAUCCCUAAGGAAGAAGUAAAACUUGUAAGAAUGCAUCAUUUGAUUGCACUUAAACUUCAUUGGCCGUCUUGUUUGUUUAUGCAACAAGAUCGUUUAUUUCACCAUUGUUUGCCAAAUGAAUAUGAUGAGUACUGAAAAAAUCACCAAAGCUUUUAUUGUAAAUGCGAACUUGGUUUCCCGGUAGACUACAGGGCACAGUAAAAAGUAAUUAAUUAAUCAAUGGACUCUAGCCUUCUGGAUACUUCAAUUAUUUUAAGUGAAAAACUGCGUUGCGUUUAAGUGAAAAGGGUGACAGGCUGCACAUCUAUCCCUCUUAUGUUUUGGCUCUAACAAGCAUGUCCUUUGCCAUAAUUUUCCUUUCUCAGAGAUAUAGCACUUUAGGUGGUUCUUUAAAAUUUUGUCAAGGUAGUGGUUGGUUUUGUAUGAGAUUCCACUUUUUCAUUAAAGCUUCUUUUAUAAUGGACACUAAGGGCUGGUAUUGUGUCACGAAAAGCAAUAUUUCUUUUUCUUCGAUUCCUUGUUGUUUUGUUUCCGGACAGCUGCCUUCCUUUCUGCGAGUUUUACUUCUAAUAGCAAUUUUUCUUUCCAAAUUGUGUGGCUAGCCUCUGUCCAUCAAGCGCAUUUGAAAUCUGAAAUGCUUACUCCUCAGAAGAGUUUGUUCGUAGGAUUCUCAAGGCUUCUCGUUUGUGCAACAAGCCCUUUUAAUUAACAAUUGGUGGAUGAUAAGAAAUGAAAUGAAAUGCGUCUUUACAUCAAAAAUUAAUGUUUCAUGAGUGUUUGGAAAUCAGAUGAAAAUCUGCACAUUUUUACAUCCUUGAUUUCUCAUUCUAAAAUCAUUUUGUUUGAUAAAAAAUAUCAAGCAUUUGACGCAAUUUCAUCACCAGAUGAAAAACCUCGAAGUUCGUCAAAAAUACCCCGCUGCCCGUCGUAUUUUCAACUCUCUUCCCGGUGUUUUAUCUGGUGAUGACACACUGCGUCGAAUGCUUGAUAUAUUACAUUAACAAACCUUAUAACCUCAGAAUGGACGAAAAAAGAUCACCGUUUGACUAAAAUUACUGCUACAGAUAUUAUAAUCAUACAAAAGGCUACAUUUGCGCACAACUGACUUUUUUAUGAUAAUGACUUAUUUUAUACGCAUAGGUUGUCGCCACCUAGUGAUGAAACUAUCUUUAUUUUCAGAAAUCUACACUCGGCCAUGGUUUUCCAGGUAUUCCAGGUUCAAACGGAAUGCCUGGAAUACCCGGGGCUCCCGGACCGCAAGGACCCCAGGGAAGGGAAGGUGUAAAAGGACAAAUAGGUAAUACGGGAUCACAAGGAAUGCCGGGUCCAAGAGGAGACAGAGGGCGCGAAGGGCCUCUUGGGAAGAGUGGCCCGACAGGAAUAAAGGACAUCAAAGGUGAACCGGGACUUGUGGGAAUGAAAGGAGAGCGAACCGGGGCUCCCGGACCGCAAGGACCCCAGGGAAGGGAAGGUGUAAAAGGACAAAUAGGUAAUACGGGAUCACAAGGAAUGCCGGGUCCAAGAGUAGACAGAGGGCGCGAAGGGCCUCUUGGGAAGAGUGGCCCGACAGGAAUAAAGGACAUCAAAGGUGAACCGGGACUUGUGGGAAUGAAAGGAGAGCGAGGCAUUGUGGGAAAUCAAGGAAGAAAAGGAGACAAAGGAGAGAAAGGAGAAAGCGUCAAAGCAAGUCAAGCAAAUGUAGUAGCACAAACCAACUGGAAACAAUGUGUGUGGAAAUCAGAUAACGAUAUUGAUAACGGGAAGAUUAAGGUAAUCAGAAUGUUGGUUUAUGUCAGACCUUAGUACAAGUAUCCCAAAUCAAGCAAAAGUGCACCUCAAUGAAUGAAGAGAAGGGCAAUUAGUCUUAUGUUCCCAUACACUUGGCUACUCAUUCUUCAAUUAAGUGAAUCCUACAUAGGCGGUUUUUUUAUGUCUUUACUGUACACAGAACUACUUACUAUUUCAGAAGUUAUCCCGACCUUAAUGCAAUACAUGGUGUUCCUGUACUGAGUAUAUUGACAAGCGUACCUUCUACUACCUUUAAUGACCUCAUCAUGCACGACAAAGUCGGAAAAUACGGCAUUUUACUCGUCUUUUCUCUCCUACAGGAGUGUACUUUCAACAAGUUGGCGUCCGAUACAUCGCUCAAAGUCUCAUUUCAAGGAAACAUGAGGGUUAGGGGUAAUAGUCGGUGUAACCGAUUGUAUUUCAAGAUAAAUGGCAGUGAAUGCAGUGGACCAGUGACAAUUGAAGCACUUGUCUACAAUCACUGGCUGUCUGGUAAUACCAAUCAUGAUCAACUGCAUCAUCGGUCAUUUGAGGGAUACUGUGAAAACAUUCCACAAGGGGCUGUUAGAGUGGAAUUAUGGGUAGGACAGUUCAGUGGCUACCUCUUGGGUGAUGCUUGGACUGGGUGGAAUUCAGUGUCCCGGAUAAUGAUUGAAGAAGUAUCUAGGCCCCAGUCCUAA